AUUCGGGAUAUAGGGCAUUGAAAAGAAAUGACCUUCGUGUAAUCACGUGACACUUGUAUACUAUCUGUGUGUACAGAGAGAUGGAUACUAAGAUGACAGGUGCGCGUACUUUUACCCGAUUAUUGCACGUGAUAUAUGCAAAGUAACCCAUCACCGAUGAUGACGAUUCUGACAGUUUUACGUGGGCAUUAUGGAAGGAUGCAAUGGGAAAUGACUUAUCGAUCGACGGGUGAAGAGUUUUGAUUGAACAGAAUGAUUGAAGGAGAUGCAAAACCCAAUGACAGGUGGGAGGAGAGUUUGUUGACAUGCAUUAGAAGACGAGAAACUUGGGCGUUUGUAAUUGGGUACUAUACGUCUUGUGUCAAGUUCAAAUCAUAUUUUGUUUGUGAUAAAAGACCCAUCCAGUUGAUGAAGACAGUUCUUGGACGAGAAUGGGAAGGAUGGAGGUGAGGAUGAGAUUAACACCUUCUGCAUAGGUCAUUAAUAUGGUGAGCGAGGAAGAAGAAGAUGAUGAUGAUUAAUAUUAUUCCGUAGCCAACAUUGAGUUUUCAUGAUUUCGAUGGGAGGAGAUCUGUUCCUGAGGGUUGUGUUGCCACCUAUUCAUGAAUAACUUGUAUUCAAGAAGAGAUUUCGCUUUUCCUUUUUGGAUAUUAAUGAUGACAACGCUCAACAACGCUCUGCUCAACAACAUUGCAACUGUUUCUAAACCAAUUAAAGGCUAAAUAGACUUCGCACUGUGACAAUCGGAUAAACAUGAAAUUUCCAUGCUAACAAAACAAUUCGUCAAUACUCGUGAGGUUGCCUUGGAAACCGAAAGGUAUAGGAUUUGCUGAUUCCAAAUGACAAGUCGAUGAUUUUUGAACAAUAAUUGAUUUGAUAAUAGAGGGUUGAACAUUAAUUGUGUGCAGGUGUAGACGUAUCUGAUGUAUUGACCUGUACAUUGAUCUCAGUUAUUUCUCACAUCCCAAUCGGCACUUCGUUGCUCUACCGUGUUCAUUGACCACGAUCUCCAAGAGGAGGAUGACCAGCGACCAUGGAGAAGAUCCUCAACUUAAACUUCUCCUUCUUUCUCAACGACUGACCUCUUUAAAACGGCAACGAGAGUACAACCUGAAGGACUUUGCUGUGGAAGAUGAAGCCGUGAACGACAUGGAUGCCGGUAUUGAUAAAGGGUUUAGUGAGGAGGGGAAUGAACAAACGGACGUCGAUGAAUUUCUAUCUAAGCGAUUCGAUGACGAGACAGACAAUGAAACUUAUAGUGAGAAAGAGAAUGAAGAUGAACUGGACGAGAAAUACGUCGAAAGCGAUGACGACCUCAUUGCACCGUGGUCAUAUGAUCUUGAAUCGCAUGAAGGUGAAAGUGAAAACAACGACGUUGAAGAAGAUAACAAUGGGUUAAGUCACGUUGCCUUCUCGAAGCAUCUAUUGAUUGACAAACCGGAAGCAGAAUGUAGCAAGACUGGGGUCGGAUUCAGUCGUCUUGCCGACUACUAUCGUUAUCCUGAAUUCCUACAUAAUAUUGAAAGGACCAAAAAUAUGGACAAGGACAAUGAAAACGACGGUGAUUGCACCAAAGGAAGAGACAAUGACGACGAAGAAGCGGCAGGGAUGAAACGCCAUGAUCCAUCUGAUGAGAGCUCGCAACUACCCUCAUGGAAAUCGGCGUCGAACAGGAAAUCGGCGAGGAAGUCGGGUUUGAAGAAAAAAAUCAGGCAAACUAUGUCUGGUAGGUUGUUGGAUAUUUCGGAUGACGUCGCUGUAUCUUCAGACGCGAUGGUCAGAAUGGAUACCCUCUUCCAUCAAUGUGUUUGCGCGUUUCCAUGGAGAUGCGAACAUUCUACGCUCGCUCGGAAAACGGACGUUUAUCUCCACGAGGAUAAGAUGAAGAAGAUCUCGCGUUGUGGACAUGGUGGAAGCGAGAUAGAAAGUCAGUCAUGUGGGCGUGGCGAUUAUCUGACUGGGUGGGGCCUACCUAAGAAUGGAGCGGGUCAGUACAGAUAUGGAGGAGGUGGAAGAAAAGUUUCAUCCGCCAAGGAAUCGAACAGAAGGAGGAAGUAUGACCCAUUCAUUCACCGAAAUAUCAGUGACAGUUCAAAAUAUACAUUUAAGCAUUACCAAGACUGGCAGGCUUAUGUUGACGAGUACCGUCGAUAUUACAGUGUUGGACAGACAGGAAGGGCAAUGAAGUCCCAUCAGAUUCCCGAAGGUGGUGGUCGUCGUGAAGCCGUCGUGAUCGUAAGAACACUCUCCGAGAGCUUGAUCCGACCACGGAUACAGGAAUGUAACAUUCCAAAUUGGGAUGAUUUUACGGACCUGAGCACCACGCCAAUGCGACCACUCCAUAUUGGCCCAGGAUAUAGGUCAGCCAAGGUGCCAGACCUAGGUGUCACGUGGUUAGCUGCAGCAACGGCCCACCAUCACGAGGUCCCUGCAGACUAUCGGCAUCCUGCCAGCAGGCACAUCAAGUUGUCCAAUAUCCGUCAACCUGAUUCUAUGACCACGCAUAUCAAAAAGCGCCACCAACAUGCCCUGCUAGAAAGCAGCUCGUCGACACCCAGGGUGGGAACCAUCCUCCCUCACGACGCCGGCAUGACUAUCCCUAUGGAACCUCUCCACAUUGUCGAAGACUUUCGAAAGGGUCCUCGGAAGGAACGACUUACUGCCGACAUGCAACCGAUCGGGUGCCGAUUUCUGGCGAGUUGGCGUCCGAACGAGAGCACCCGUGUGAGGAGCGCCAAAACGCGAUCGAGGAAGAAGAAGUCAUCCGACGGCAUACAGACAGAUGAGGGCUCAUCAUCUCAUGGCCAGAUAUACAGUAAACAGAGUUCCUUGCAGCCGUUCAGCAAAGCGCAAAGUCAAACUCGAGCGGGAAUUCUAAAGUUGUUCACACCUCCAAAAGGACUUGAUGUCUUUCAUGUUCCGUCAGGAGCUGAUGACACAUGCCAAGUGAACGACACUACCAGUAUAUCUACAAGUGAAAUCAAAGUCAAAGGUAAAUCAUCGCCUGCUUCCACAAAAUGGACAAACAUGUCGACUUCUGCAGGAGACAAACGUUCUAGGUCAGAUUCGCAUGACAAUUCAGCAUCGGGUAAACGCUCGGCCACCAAAUCGGGAACACUUGCCAGGAGACCUACCACAAGGCUUAAUAACGAACCACAGACUCCUCAGAAGGAGCUCCUGCACGUGAGAGGGGAAAACAAGAAGAACAAGCAGCAAGACGUCAAGUCAAGGGAUGACAAAAUCACGGAGACGCCAUCAAGUUCCAAAGAAGAUAUUGGAGUAUUUGCCAAGACGAGAAUCAAACUUGUUGCUCCUUUCGCUCAACCACUAACACAAGACAACGUGUUGAUUGGAAGUCCAUACAUGACGACUAGUCCUCAUUUUGGAAGCGAGGAACUAUCCGCUACUGUCCAAUCAACUAGUUGUCCUGCUCACUAAACUGUCAUAUAACCGGAUAACCCUCGAACGCGACUCAACAUUCUCCAAACUGAAUACAGGAAAUUAAAUUUUUACUAUCCCUCCAGGUUUUAAUUGUACAGCAUUACAUUCUUUGUCAAGACGUCGAUCUGGGUAAUAAUAUUAUGUCUGUAUAGCGCUUAGAGACGUCGCGACGUUCCAGUGUAUUAAGCGCUAUAUAAAUGCGGAAUAUUAUUAUUAUCAUUAUCUGCAAUUUGACAUUAGGAAGUUUUAUUUUCCACCACGACAAAUUCACGAACAUAGUAGAUAUAUUGAAAAUAUCCGUCAAAUGACAAUGAGCAGCUUGGAGGUCUUUGACUAAAAUUUGUGAAACGGAACUGCAGUUUCGACCUAAAUUUCUGAACUGUCGAAAACUCUUUGGUCCAGGCCGAAACUACUGUUUUGAGUCACCGUAUUUUUGACAAAAUCUUCAUGGUUAUUCCGGGGGGGGGGGCACUUACAUUGACGAGUGGAUACCAUGCGCGACCAAA